AAAAAAAGAAACAAAGUUUCUCAUGUCACAUUAAUGCAUGCAUUCGUUUGUUUCUAUAUCUGUAUCUAUUUCUUUCUGUAUCUUCCUCUCUCUAAAUUAAAGCUUCAUGCAUUGCUGCAUUUCUCCUGAAUAAUAUCUGGGAAAUAAAGAAAAUAGGAGGGGAAUUGGAAACGAGCUUAAUUACACACAGCAAACUGAGUGUGUGUGUGAGAGGUAGAGAGAGAGCCUGUGAAAUGGAUAGCCUUAAGACUCCUCUCAAAGGAGUAACCAGAGAUUUCAAAGGAAGGCUUGCAUGCUACAAAAAAGAUUGGCUCGAUUCAUGUAGUUCCGGUCCAAGGAUUUUGGCUCCAGCAGCAUACAUUUUCUUCGCUUCUGCUCUCCCUGUAGUCGCCUUUGGGGAGCAAUUGAGUCGAGAAACAGACGCGAGCUUGAGCACAGAUGAGACUCUCCUGUCUACUGCCAUAUGUGGUGUCAUCCACUCGAUUUUUGGUGGGCAGCCAUUGCUAAUCCUAGGCGUUGCAGAGCCUACCAUAAUCAUGUACUCAUACUUGUACAGUUUUGCCAAGAGCAAUAUAGGAAAAGAGUUGUAUUUAGCCUGGGCUGCAUGGGUGUGUGUGUGGACUGCAUUGCUGCUGUUUCUUCUUGCUAUAUUCAAUGCUUGCACGAUAAUUACUCGUUUCACGAGGGUGGCAGGGGAGCUCUUUGGCAUGCUGAUAUCUGUGCUUUUCUUGCAAGAAGCCAUCAAAGGCGUUGUGAGUGAGUUUCACGUCCCACAAGGUGAAGAUGGUGGAGAAGAACAAAACCAGUUUGAAUGGCUUUAUAUUAACGGAUUACUCUCAGUCGUGUUCAUGUUUGGCGUGCUUAUCACUUGCUUGAAGACGAGAGAGGCUAGGUCAUGGCGUUAUGGUACAGCCAUGAUGAGGAGUUUCAUUGCAGACUAUGGUGUUCCAUUGAUGGUUGUGGUGUGGACUGCCUUAUCGUAUAGUGCACCGGGCAGACUUCCCUCUGGAGUUCCAAGGAGGCUGAUUGGUUCGCCUCCCUGGAAGAAACAAUCGUUGCAACAUUGGACCGUGAUCAAGGACAUGGGGAAGAUAUCAGUAGGCUAUGUGUUUGCCGCCUUGAUACCAGCAGUGAUGAUUGCGGGACUAUACUUCUUCGACCACAGUGUGGCCUCACAAAUGGCACAACCAAAGGAAUUCAAUCUGCAGAAUCCUUCGGCUUACCAUUAUGACAUCAUGUUGCUUGGCGUCAUGACUUUGCUCUGUGGGUUGAUCGGACUUCCUCCUUCGAAUGGGGUGCUGCCACAAUCUCCUAUGCAUACGAGGAGUCUUGCAGUCCUCAAAAAGCAGGAAAUGCAGAAAAAAAUGAUGAAGCGUGCAAAGGAGGGGAUGAAGCUAAACGCGAGCCAGUUGGAGAUAUACGGAAGAAUGCAUGCUGUGUUCGUUGAAAUGGACAGCACGCCUCCUCACACUGUAGACAGAGAUUUGGCAAAUCUGAGAGAAGCUGUGUUGAAACAUGAUGAUGAAGAUCAUGAAGAAAAAUUUGAUCCUGAGAAGUGUCUUGAUCUCCACUUGCCAAUCCGAGUCAACGAGCAAAGGCUGAGCAACUUGCUCCAAUCUGUGUUCGUUGGGGUCGCCCUGUGUGCCAUGCCCGUGAUCAAGAUGAUACCAACCUCCGUCUUGUGGGGGUACUUCGCCUACAUGGCCAUCGAGAGCCUUCCUGGUAACCAGUUCUGGGAGAGGCUGCUGCUGCUGUUUGUUCCUCCACGUCGUCGUUUCAAAGUCAUUGAAGAGUUCCACGUCUCAUUUUUGGAGUCGGUGCCAUUCAAAUACAUCGCGUUGUUCACACUCUUCCAAUUUGCAUAUCUCCUUGUCUGCUUUGGGAUCACGUGGAUACCUAUUGCCGGAAUACUCUUCCCCCUGCCGUUUUUCCUUCUGAUAAGCAUAAGGGAGCACGUCCUGCCCAAGAUGUUCCCACCUUACUAUCUGCAGCAACUGGAUGCAGCUGAGUAUGAAGAAGUCGUGGGGCACCCAUUCAGUUCUAGGAGGCCACACGAGCAGGAUGAAGGACUCACUGACACCGAUGAUGAAGGAUUCUCCCCUGAUGUAACAUCUGCUGAACUGUUAGACGAGAUGCUGACGCAUAGGGGUGAGAUAAGGCACCGGUCGUUGAGCUUCAACGACCGGCAUGCUGAGGUUUUUCACGAAGGAUCUUCGAGGAGGUGAGGAGAGUUGGACACGGAACGUCUAAUUUUUGUCGUGGAAUCAUGGAUUCCUCCUUCUUCUAUCAUCUACACUGUCGUAGCAUAGUAUGUGCAAGUAUAAUGAGGCUGGGGUGGAAGAGCGCGGGUGAUGAUAGACGAGGAUUCUUUUCUCGACUGGGAUUAGUCCUGCAGAAAGCUGCAUAUGCCUUGCAGUGUUGCUUCAACUAGAGGAAGAUGGAAUCAUGGAGGGAAAAAGAAAAGAAAGAAGAAAGACAGCUUCUGUGUUCCUCCUUUAUACUGAUGAUUUUUCUCCUUGUUCAUGAAGUUAGGAAAUUCUAUUAAAGGAUAUUGGUUAUUUGAUUCAUUGUUUUUUUUUAACUGAUGUAACAGACUGAGAUGCUAUCAUUUCUCUUAAAAUAGAAAUGAUUUUAUUCUGACUUAA